GCCAACCACAAAGAGCAAUCCAUAUUUAUAACUGACGACCCUAAACGAAGUUCUUAUCUCUCAGACAUGGGUUUUUUCGAAGAUUUGGCAGACUCCUUUGUAAAAGAAGUGGUUGAUCCAACGGUAUCUUUUGUAGAAGACUCUGCAAAAACUGUUGUAAGAGAGGUGGUAGAUCCGACAGUAGCUUUUGCAGAAGACUCCGCAAAAACUGUUGUAAGAGAAGUGGUGGAUCCGACAGUGACUUUUGUGGAAGAUUCAGCAAGAACUGUUGUAAAAGAAGUGGUGGAUCCCACAGUGACUUUUGUAGAAGAUUCAGCAAAAACUGUUGUAAGAGAAGUGGUGGAUCCGACAGUAUCUUUUGUAGAAGAUUCGGCAAAAACUGUUGUAAGAGAAGUGGUGGAUCCGACAGUAUCUUUUGUAGAAGAUUCUGCAGAAACCGUUGUAAGAGAAGUGAUAUAUCCGACCGCAGCGUUCAUCGCAACCCAGUUCCAGCGGCCACGGGACGUCAUGGAGCAAGAAGCAAUCCUAGACAAACUCCUCGCAUCCAAUGGUUCACGUUUCCCUGGCGACGACUACCAUCCACACGACCGUAAAAACUGGAUGGGCAAUCUCUCCAUUGAGAAACUGACUCUUAACAAGAUCGUAUGGCCAGGAACACAUGACUCAGCCACCAAUGAAAUCGGCAUAGAUGUGGUGACUCGUCCCUUGGGCGAGUGCCAAACGCUCUCCAUCUACGAGCAGCUAGUUCUUGGCACACGUGUCCUCGACAUCCGUGUACAAGAGGAUCGCUAUAUCUGCCACGGGAUCUUGGCGUCAUACAACAUGGACGUAGUCAUCGACGACGUCGUCAGAUUCUUGUGGGAGACUCACUCGGAGAUCAUUAUUCUAGAUAUAAGGACGGAGUACGGACGCAAAGACCCUCCGGAGUUUGAGACUUACUUGACCGUCAAGUUAGGUCAAUUCUUGAUCCAACAAGAUGAUAACUUGUUCAACAAGGCACUAUCCGAGAUCUUGCCGAAAAGGGUUAUUUGCAUCUGGAGACCUAGACAGUCUCCUCGGCCUAGCCGCGGAGGACUUCUCUGGAACUCGGACUAUCUUAAAGAUAAUUGGAUCGAUACUGAUCUUCCAUGGACGAAGUUUCAAAGCAAUAUGAACCAUUUGAAACAGCAACCACCGUCAUCUUCUAGAAGAUUCUUUUACAGGGUUGAGAAUACACUUACGCCACAAGCAGAUAACGUGGUUGUGUGGGUUAGACCCGUGACUGAUCGUAUCCGAAGGUACGCACGGCUCUUUAUUUCUAGGUGUGUAGCCAAGGGAUGUAUAGAUAAGUUGCAGAUUUUUUCGACGGAUUUUAUCGAUGAGGAUUUCGUCGAUGCAUGCGUUGGGCUUACCCACGCAAGAAUUGAAGGGAAAGUUUGAUAACUCUGGGGAUCAUAUGGUUGGCUCUACCAGCACUGGAACCAAGAUUCUUUUCGCUUGGCUUAUGUGUGUUUUAAGUUAUGUUUUUUUUUUGAACUGUGUUUUAAGUUAUGUUACUUUAAUUAUAAAGUGUUUUCAGUGUGUACCCUCCUUUGAAAGUUUCAUGUCAUAAGACUUUAUUUUCUUGCAAUAGAACAAAAGAUUAAUGUUUUUACUGAUUCAUUUAUUGACCAAGUAGGUCGGACAUAAGUUUGAUCCACC